AUGUUACUGUAUAUAUUAUGUGCCUUCCAAGUAGUAAAUGCACAAAAGCUAUACAAGAAAGCUAAUUUGACAAUUUCAUCGCAUGUCGACCAUCUGUCUUCCACGUUGAAACCUCAUACCAACCGUAACUCCAAAUUGAUUACGUGUAUAGGAUUUAAUGAACCAGAAUUACGGCAAGAGUUGAAGAAUGCGGCCAAUAUAUCAAAUAGUGAAUAUAGUAUUUUUGGCGGUCCUCUCAAUCCACAAUCGUACCUAUACUACAGUGAGGGAAAGCCUGAAAUGUUACUAGAUCUUGAUUAUGGGAUAAACGACUCACAUUGCAACGACAUUUGCCUCUUAUCACAAAAAAUCAUUCUCUACAUUCCGACACAACUUAUCAAAGUAUCAGCAGAUGAUCGAAUUGAAUUACACCAGAACAUCAAGCAGACUUUACAAUUUCUAAAGGAGAAUAAUAACAAUGGCGCAAGAAUAUUUGCAUUGUUGCCCAAGAAUAUUAGUGAUAAGCAUUUGGAUUUACUGAAUAAUUACUUGGCGAAUACACAUAACAUUACAAUAAUUAAAAAUAUAAAUAGCGAAAUGUUAUUUUGUAGAAGUAAUUUGUCAUAUGAAAAAAUACUGACUGUGCUGGGGAAACAAAAGAGAGUGGCCUUCGACAGAAUUGAUGAAAGGGAGAAGCUUCUUACGAGUUUUAACCCACUGGUAUUUGCAGACUCUGAUAUGUAUAAGAGAGUACUAAAGUGUGAAGAUGAGCGCGAUUUUCGCACAAUAUCCAAAAUACCUUUAUUACAAAGUACGCUCGCACAGGUGUUAGGCAGUUUGUUUAGGAAUAGCACGAUUCGAGUAUCUAGCGAUGACUCGUAUGAGCAAUUUAGAAGUUUUGCUAUUUCUGACAUCAAUUCUACGCUUGAACUUGGGGCCAUUAACUAUUUGUAUUCGCUGGUACUUAGGGAAAUGUCAAAGGCACCUAACAAGCCAACAGCUGAUACAAUAGACAAUUGCCUAGAAGAUGCCCUUGAGUUUUACAGGAAAUCUGCAAAUAACAUACUAGGUAACACGAAUGAGGAAGCCGAGAAAAGGGUUAGAAUGAUUUUAGAGAAAACUGCACAACUUCUAAUAAAUAUCCCUCCGAAUCAAUUACUCAGGCGACAAUUAAUGUCUGGUAAAUUGAACAGGGGGUUGCAUAUGGGCCUGGGUCUGACUGCGAUGAUAAGAAGGCCUGGACGGGGAAAUUUACAAUGGUAUACAAAUUAUCAACUUGGUCCACUGACGUUGACUUUGGGCUUUGCUAAUGACAAGGAUUUGUGCCCAGAUAGUAUACCCUCAUUUAGAUUGCAACCGAAGGUCUACUUUAAUGUGAACUUGUAA